GUACAAAGUUUAUGGUGAUUGGUUACGCUCCCUUCUGCGCUAUUCGUUACGCUCGUCUAACAAUACUGCGUUGGGGGAAAUUUUUAUAAUGAUUGGCAACAUUUGCCUCUACUUAAUCUUAUCAGUGACACUGCUCAAUUGAUACCAAUUCAAUUACGAAAAAAAGAAAAAUAAUGAGCAGCAGUGAAACUAUGGAUAAUGAAGAAAUAAUACAAUUGCGUAAGCGAAAAAAAGAACUUUUAAAAAAAGCGGUUCAGUUAAAAGACAAAUUGAAGGAUAUAGAAGAUAACAAACAUCAAUCGUUAAUUAAUUUUAAUAUCACACUACCUUCCGAUAAUGAGGAUAACAAACCGUCGAAACUGCAAUCCAUCAAAUACAAGGCUAAAUUAUGUGAGAUUGCGGGUCAAGUGACGGGAAUAAGAUUUAAAGAUGUUUAUAAAAAAUGGUUACGCAAUAAUAUUUUUAUUUAUUCGGCUAAAGUGAAAACAAAAACCAUUUCCUUCAAUCUUGAAUUGAUAGUUUCCAUGAACUCGGAUAAAUUUACAAUUGACAAUAUAAUGUGCUAUUUUAUCGACAUUGACGAUUGUUACAUGCUCGAAAUAUCUCCUUGGUUUGAGAAGAUAACAAGUAUAAAAAACUUUUCUCUUCUUAUGUCUGCACUUUCCGAUUACAAUGAAAAUAAUAUUUUUAGAUCUAAGAUUCUGAAUAGUUUAGAAAAAAAUAAAUAUGCAACUAUAGAACAAUGUACUCAAGAAAAUGGAGGUAUAUUAUUGCAUAUACAUUCAUCUGCAAAUACAAAAGAAAACUACAUAAUAUUCCAGUGGACAAUGAAGUUUUUUGAACUAACAUGGCACAUUGAACAUUUUUUUACAGUAAAACCCACAGAUAUAGGAAUAAAAUUUUCUGAAGAAAAUCAAACAUUAUUAAAAGAAUUUUGUGAAAUUAAUUUGAAAAAUAACAAACUUCUGGGACUAUGGAAUAAAUUGUGCAUUGCCAUUGAUAAUUAUGCUAAAGGUAUGAAUACAUAGAAAAAUUUGUUUUUCGAAAUUCAAUA